AUGGCGCGAGGCCCUCGCAACAAAGCAAACCGGGCCAACAAGCGGGCAGGCGCCAGCACGGCUUCCCACAGAGGCUCACAAGCACCACCAUUCAACAAUACAUAUGAGAGCCUAGAACAGCUGGAUUGUGAAUAUGGAGAACUGAAUGCCAGUCUUACAGAGCGUUUCCGCAGCAUGCCCUUCAACGCCUCCAGGAAUGUCUCUGUUCCGCACGAUGAUAUCCCCAUGUCUGAACCAUUCCGCGCCAACAACGACAUCCGAGAGUACUUCGAACUAGCUAAGAAACCUGUCACUGGAGGGGCAUGGCUGCAUAUGCCAGAGAUCCCGAACCCUUCGGAGGUUCUGUGUGAAAAAUCCGAAUCUAAUGACGAGGCGCUCAUUGAGGUUGACGAGAGAAUUCGUCCACACAAGCCCAAAGGUGCAUACGACGACAAUGAAGACUAUUUGAGGACCAAGUACGAGCUUCUACGUGAAGAUGCUGUUCGACCGCUCCGUGAAGCUAUCGACGAGGUUCGUGCCGAUCCGUUCAAGAAUGAAGCAGAGUACAGGAAUCAGAGCAUCGGAGUCUAUGAUCCAGUUUAUAUCACGUCACUCGUAUUUUCGCCGCGAGGCUUAGCAACGCGGGUCGCCUUCUUCCUCAGCCGGGUCAAGAAGUACAUCCGAUGGGAGCAGUCGAAGAGGCUGAUCACUGGCACUCUUGUUGCCUUAUCCCCUACCGAUGAUGCAUUCCAGACCCAAUGUGUGCUCGCUAUAGUUGCGGCUCGUCCUCUCUCCGCACUAGAGCAGAACCCACCUGAGAUUGAUCUCUUCUUCGCGCGUCCAGAGGACCAGGAAAUAGAUCCUAUGCGCAAGUGGAUUAUGGUAGAGUGUCGAAGCAGCUUUUUCGAAGCAUCUAAACAUACGCUGCUCGCUCUCCAACACUUGAUGAGGGAGCCAUUUCCGAUGUCCAAGUACCUGGUCCACGUCCAGAAAGAGGUAGACCCUCCGGCCUACAUCAAACAUAACCCUUACGUCAAUCUGAGCUCACUCGUAAGUAUCGAGGAGGGUAGAGAUUACGAGAAUGUGAAUGUACUGGAGGAUUGGCCCACAACUUCCUCGCACUCGCUCGACAACUCUCAGAGCAGGGCAUUGAAACGUAUACUAACAAGCGAAUUGGCCAUUAUACAAGGACCUCCAGGAACGGGAAAGACGUUUGUGUCUGUUGUCGCGCUCCAAAUUGCCUGCAACAAUUUGCGCAAAGAGGAUGCGCCUAUCAUUGUUACAGCUCAGACCAACCACGCUCUUGAUCAAUUGCUCCGCCAUACGUCACAAUUUGAACCCAAUUACAUUCGCUUGGGAGGCAGAAGCAAGGACAAGGAAAUCAAGAAACGAACUUUAUUCGAAGUUCGCUCAGAACUACCUCGGCAAAAGCAGCCUGGCAGUCAGAAGGCGCAAGCCACUAUUGCGAUAAGGAAGUUGACUACUCAGCUUCAGGUUCUGCUUGCGCCUCUUGAAGUCAACAAAGUGCCGCUUGAUCACAAGCUCCUACGAAGUCUUGGACUGAUCACCCGGGAUCAAGCCGAAUCACUGGAGAUGGAAUCGCAAUGCACGAUGGGGGUUUCACCCUCUGAUAGUCCAGGGAUUCUAAUGGAACAGUGGCUGGGUAGAUGUCUCGCUCCAUGUGAUCGGCCAAUCGGUCCAGAACAGUUCGACUGGGGAUAUGAAGAAGACGACUUCGAGGUCGAACAACUGAAAGAGCUUGAGGCUGAAGCCGUGGCUCAGGAUGACGAUGAUAUUGAGGCAUUACCCGGACCACUGAUCCAACUCAGUGACAACUGGAAGGGUACAGGAAAUCUGCUGAGCAACGCCGACAUCCAAGAUAUCUUACGAAAAACGGAUGACUUGACGACAAUUCGUGUCGCCGAUCGCGGUACGAUCUACAACUACUUCAAACGCGAAGCCAAGAAACUCAUUGUUAUCGAAAUUCGCAAGCUCGCGAAACUUUAUCAAGAAGCAGUUGUGCAGCGCAAGGUGGGUAUGUGGGAAGAAGAUGUACGUGUUCUCAGCAAGGCACGCAUCAUCGGCUGCACAACGACCGGUCUCGCAAAGUAUCGUGCUCUACUCUGCGCUCUCCGACCUCGGAUUUGUGUUGUAGAAGAAGCAGCAGAAACACUCGAGGCUCCUGUCACCGCUGCUUGUUUCCCUAGUCUCGAGCACCUCGUCUUGGUCGGUGAUCACCAACAGCUGCGCCCUCACACCCAGGUGCGUGCCUUUGAAGACAAACCAUACUUCCUGAAUUUGUCACUCUUCGAGCGUUUAGUCUGUAAUGACGUCGCCUUCGAUACGCUUACCCGACAACGUCGUAUGAUACCUGAGAUACGACGACUGUUAUAUCCCAUCUAUCAGGACACACUCAAGGACCACAAGAGUGUAAAGGAUCUUAGUAACCGCCCGCCAGUCGAAGGCAUGGGUGGGAACAACAGUUUCUUCUUUUGUCACGACUGGCAAGAGACCCGCGAUACUUACAUGUCGGCGCUGAACCCAAUGGAAGCACAUAUGAUAGUCCAAUUUUUCGACUACUUGGUUCUGAACGGUGUCGAUGCUACCAAGAUUACGGUAUUGACCUUCUACAACGGUCAGCGCAAGGAGAUCAUGCGGAGGCUCCGGGCGCAUCCGAAUCUACGUGGCGGAGUGCACGAUAUCCAGGUAGUAACCGUGGACAGCUACCAAGGCGAGGAGAACGAUAUCGUCCUACUUUCUUUGGUACGAUCAAACCACAAACAUUCCAUUGGGUUCCUGAACUCCGAGAACCGCGCCUGUGUCGCCCUUUCCCGAGCCAAACGAGGCUUCUACAUCUUCGGAAAUGCAGAGCUUCUUGCGUGCGAAAGCGGUACUUGGGCUUCAGUCAUUGAGAUAAUGUGGAGGAAUAAGAAGGUCAGGGUGACGAUAGGCCAAGAGCGGCGGAUAGGUUAUCAGUUCCCGCUCGAGUGCAGCAACCAUGGACGCAGGAUAUGGUGCGAAGUGCCCGAAGACUUCGAACUUAUCAAGGGUGGAUGUGACAUCAAGUGCCAAGGUGGUGGCGUCAAAUCGACUUUGAAACCAGUAAACGGGGCGGCACCGUUUCGCGGAGCCCGACCAAACACGCAAAGCUUGAUGCUCGAAGACACGUUACCCGGCCCUGGAUCCUCUAAACGUGGUGUCCAGACCUAUGCGCCCACUCAACGCAUGACGACCCCGGGUCUAUCAGAUUGCACUACGGUACAGUGGGAUGUCUACGCUAAUGGCGGUGGUGUACAGGAAGACGAUGCACGUGCAUACGCGAAGAUGCAGGUGGAAGCCCUAUACUAUGCACAUCGAACAUCUACUCCUGGGACCGAGACUACAGGCGGCAAGCUGAUUGAGCUGUUGCCAGAAAAGGACGCAACUGUUUCCAAAAACACGGGCUUGCUUCUUGAUCUUGACGUCGAACCAUUGGUCCCAGAGAGUCAUCCCCAAACGCCGCGGUCAUAUGCAAAUGCUGCGAAGCCCUACGUCAACCUUUUAGAUUGA